AUGGCCGCCGAGCCUGCGAUCCCAUUCCAGCCUGGCCCUACCACUGCAAAAAUCGCCUUUCAGCAUGAAAACAAACAGCAUGCCUUCGUCACGGUCGGCACGAUCGAGUGGGCUCGAUACCCGACUACCCUAAACAACGUCAACGUACAGAUCAACGAUCUCCGUACGGCUCCCGAGUUCAAACCGACCCUAGAUAGGAACGGCUUCGCGAAAAUCGAAGGACUCAAGCCACUCUCGGCGGCUCUAAAAGAGGGCGAUGCCAAGGUUCUAGAGGAUGCCUACGCCUGCACCACCGAGACCUUGAAGCGCGAAACUGGUUGUACGGAGGUCCACAUCUUCUCUCACGUUGUUCGCCACGACCCUUUCCAGCGAAUCCUCGACAUCCCUGCCGAUGCCGACCCUUUGACAAAGUGGCCUUACAAGACCCCUACCCAAUUCGGUCACGUCGACCAAUCCUACGCCGGCGCUGGAUCCACACUCGAGAACACACUCGGUCGAAUUCCUAAGGAGCGUGCCGAAGUUCUCCGCAAGCUCGGCAAAACCCGUCGAUGGGCCAUCAUCAAUACCUGGCGCCCUAUCGCUAACGUCUACCGAGAACCUCUCGCCGUCCUUGAUAGUACGACCGUCUCUGACGCCGACUUCUGUACUCUGGAAGUCGAUCCCUCCGUUCUGUUCGGCGCCCCCUCGCCCCGUACAGAACUUUGGCAAGCAGUCUACCGACCUCGACAUAAAUGGUGGUACGUCAGUAACAUGACGAAAGAAGAGGGUCUCCUAUUCAAGUGCUUCGACACCCGUAUAGAGGACGGCGAGAACGCAACCUGCCGUCGUGCUCUCCACGCAGCGUUUCAGCACCCUGAGGACAAUGGCCCACCGCGCCAGAGUUGUGAGUUCCGGGCCUUCUGCUUCUGGGAUGAGGAGCGCACCGGCGAUGCUGUAGAGCAUGCGUACGAGAACUCAUUCCGCGCGUCUGUCGCGGCGGCAUAG